AUAAUUUACAUUCACUUCCUCGCAACUUCCUGUUUAUAUUCUUGCACGUGUUUGCUUGAAACGUUUUACCGAUAGACGAAACGUUUUUCCUCCGUGACGCUUUACAAAGAAGCAGAGAGGAUUAAAACUUCUAUUUUUUUUAACAAUAUCAAGAAAACAUCAACAAUGGCAGAUGAAGUGAACCCUAAAGCAUAUCCUCUGGCUGAUGCCACUUUGACUCAGAAGAUUCUGGACUUGGUUCAGCAGGCUGCCAGCUACAAGCAGCUGAAGAAAGGUGCCAAUGAAGCCACAAAGACUUUGAACCGUGGUAUUGCUGAGUUUAUUGUCAUGGCAGCAGAUGCUGAACCACUGGAGAUUCUUCUGCAUCUUCCACUCUUGUGUGAGGACAAGAACAUCCCCUAUGUUUUUGUGAAGUCUAAGCAAGCAUUGGGUCGCGCCUGUGGAGUGAGCCGCCCAGUGAUCUCCUGCUCAGUGAUCGUGCACGAGGGGUCACAGCUGAAGCCCAAGAUACAGGAAGUUCAGCAGAGCAUCGAGAAACUGCUCAUCUAGGCUGCAGCUGUGUUGGGACUUGUGCUGUGCAUUAAUUUAGUUGUUUUUGGGCUCGGCCACCUAUGAACUUAUCAGCACAGAACUUGUUACUUUAAAUUUCUCUUAUUGUGUUCAUUUAGUAAUGUAUGCAGUAUGAUCAUGUCUCAUAUAUGUCAUUUCAUAAUUUUCAUUAUUAGACCAUUUAGCUAAAUGUGUCGGGCCAUUUACAUCACAUGUAUUUUGUUCACCUUUAACAAGUGUUUAUAUUUCAUAACAAUUUUACUUUGUAUUUGUUAUUGAAUAAAUAUUUCCUUUUUAAUGUAAUCAAA